AUGGCCCCGAACGACAAUUUCAUCUCCCGCGCCGUCAACAACGGCAUCGCCACCGCAGGCAACUACGCGGGCGGCGUCGUCGACGCGGCUGGCAAGAGCGUCUCGGGCACUGGGCGCGGUGUUGGCGACAGCGUCACAAACGCGUCCAACAGCGCCGGCGGCUCCGCAUCCAAUUACGGCAACGCGGUCAAGGAUUGGUCGAAGGCGGAGGGUCCGAGGGCGCAGACGGCGAGUAAUCCGUUGGGUGUGAGUGGUGGUAGCUAUGGGGGGAAGAAGGCCGUUGUGGGGGGUGGGAGUAUGGGGGGUGCGGGGGGGAAGGGGACGGCGGGGAAUCCGUUGGGGUUGUGA